AUGCCCUCGGGCACGGGGAAGACAGUCUCCCUGCUGUCACUCAUUGUUGCCUAUAUGAAAGCGCAUCCAUACGCCGUGGAGAAGUUCAUCUACUGCUCAAGAACGGUUCCCGAGUUGGAAAAGGUAAUUGAAGAGAUGAAAGAACUGGACAAGUAUUAUGCCAAGGAG